AUGGCUGAUGUGAAAAGGUUGCUUGAAGAAGGACUUAAUAAUAUAAAUCAGUUAAAAUGGAAGAACUGUGUUGAACACAUAAUGAAAGAGGAACAAAAAUUAAAUAGACUGGACGACAGUAUUGAUAAAACUGUAGACAGUUUUAUAAUAAAUGUAACAGACUCGUGCACAUCCUCAUCAUCAGAAAACGAUUGGGGAACUGACACUGAUGAACGUGACAUCCUUGUUUAA